AUGGCGGCCCUUCCUGACAAGAUGAGAGCUCUGAGAUAUGAGGAGCCCAAGAAAUGGUCGAUUGUAACUGUUCCGCUACCACAACUGCGAGACAACGAUGUCCUGAUCAAGGUCAAGGCAUGUGGUCACAUUCACGAUGGUGAAUUCAUUGCCAAGUUUCCCCUGAUCCCUGGGCACGAAACAGUCGGCGUCAUAGCUGCGGUCGGAAAGGAUGUCAAGGGCUUCCAGAUCGGAGAUCGCGUCGCUGCUGACAACAGCGAGCUCUGCAAUGAAUGCUUCUACUGCCGGCGUGGCCAGCUCUUGCUAUGCGAAAAUUUCAACGCCCACGGUGUCACCAUGAACGGCGGCUUCGCCGAGUAUUGCGCCUACCCAGCUCCCAAGGUCUUCAAGAUCCAGAACCUGGAUUGGGUUGAUGCCACUCUGCUUGAGCCUGCCUCCUGCGCAUGUCAUGGUCUGGAGAGAAUUCGCCCCAAGCUAGGCUCCCAUGUUUUGAUGCUAGGUGCUGGUCCAACGGGCCUUAUGCUUGUCCAGCUGUUGAGACAGAAUGGUGCCUUCCAAAUUACCAUUGCGGCCCCUCAAGGGCUGAAAAUGGACCUUGCGAAAAGUCUUGAUAUCGCCGAUUGCUACCUUGAACUCUCCCGCGAGAACCCCGAGGAGCAGCUUGCUCAGCUGAAGACAGGAAACCCCCAUGGGUUUGAUAUCGUCGUUGAGGCCACGGGCUCUGUCAAGAUCUUGGAGGAUGCCAUCAACUACGUCCGCCGCGGCGGUACUCUGGUUGUCUACGGGGUACACCACAACUCCGCAAUGGUCUCUUGGUCGCCCGCCAAGAUCUUGAAUGACGAGAUCACCAUCCUCGGUUCCUUCUCCGAGACCUACAUGUUCCCUGCCACAAUAGACUAUCUUGACUCUGGCAAGAUUAAGACGAAAGGUAUCGUGAAUAAAGUCUUCAGACUCGAGGAGUAUGGCGAGGCGCUUCAAAGUAUCAGGGACAAAAGCGCUAUCAAGGCUACUAUUGUCUUUGAUUGACCAGGGAGUCAUAGCCAUGGACAUAAGGGCCCUCUAUCUUGAUAUUCCAUAUCGAAAAUAAAAC